AAUACAGUUCCAUUUAUUUUUUUUUUUUACUGUUUUGGAUUUGAAAAAGGUAAGAAAAGUUGAAAAAGUGGAAACAUAGUGUGUGAUAAGUAGCAAACAAUUUUCAGCUACUUCUUCACAAUUCACAAACAGCACUUUCUAUUCUUGUCUACAACUUCAUUCUUUCAACAAUGGCAGAUCAAGAGGAAACUGAAGAACUCAAGCUUCUUGCUGAAUGGAAGAGAAAGAAAGGUGGAUUCAGAGCUACCAUGUUUGUUUUUGUUUUAUCGGCAUUGGACAAUAUGGGUUUUGUUGCAAACAUGGUUAGUUUGGUUCUGUAUUUCUAUGGAGUGAUGCAUUUUGAUCUAUCAAGUUCUGCAAAUACUCUUACAAACUUCAUGGGUUCAACUUUCUUGCUUUCUCUUGUUGGUGGAUUCAUCUCAGAUACUUAUUUGAAUAGGUUCACCACCUGUUUGAUUUUUGGCUCCUUAGAAGUUCUGGCUUUGGCAAUGGUUACUUUCCAAGCUGCUUCGGGACAUUUACAUCCAAAUGCAUGUGGGAAAUCGAGUUGUGUGAAAGGUGGGAUUGGGGUUAUGUUUUAUGCGUCGUUGGGUUUGUAUGCUUUGGGUAUUGGAGGGGUGAGAGGUUCUAUGACUGCAUUUGGUGCUGACCAGUUUGAAGAAAAGGAUCCUAAUGAAGCGAAAGCACUUGCGAGCUAUUUCAAUUGGCUUUUACUUAGUUCAACUCUUGGAGCUAUUUCUGGUGUUACUGGUGUUGUUUGGGUUAGUACACAAAGAGCUUGGCAUUGGGGAUUUUUCAUAAUAACCAUAGCUUCUUCUAUUGGUUUUGUUGCACUUGCUAUUGGUAAGCCUUUCUAUAGAAUCAAAGUUCCUGGAGAUAGCCCCACCAUCAGAAUUGUUCAGGUUAUUGUUGUGGCAUUUAAAAACCGAAAGCUGUCACUGCCAGAGUCACACGAAGAGCUCUAUGAAAUAAGUGACAAAGAUGCAACAGUGGAGAAAAUUCUUCACACAAGCCAAAUAAGGUCUUUAGAUAAAGCAGCAAUUUUGCAAGAAAACAUGAAACCACAACCAUGGAAAGUGUGCACAGUGACACAAAUUGAAGAAGUGAAAAUCCUAACCAGAAUGUUACCAAUAGUAGCCAGCACAAUCAUAAUGAACACAUGUUUAGCACAGCUUCAAACAUUCUCAGUACAACAAGGAAAUAUAAUGAACCUUAAACUUGGUUCAUUUACAGUUCCAGCAUCAUCCAUACCGGUUAUCCCUCUUAUUUUCAUAAGCAUUUUGGUUCCAAUUUAUGAGCUUUUCUUUGUUCCAUUUGCAAGAAAAAUCACUAACCACCCUUCUGGAAUCACACAACUCCAAAGGGUAGGUGUUGGAUUAGUCCUUUCGGUUAUAUCAAUGACAGUGGCUGGAAUGGUAGAAGUGAAAAGAAGGAACCAAAGUAGAAAAGACCCAAAUAACCCCAUAAGCCUAUUUUGGCUUUCAUUCCAAUAUGGCAUAUUUGGUAUUGCAGAUAUGUUUACACUUGUGGGACUUUUGGAAUUUUUCUACAGGGAAUCACCUUCAAGUAUGAAAUCAUUGUCAACUUCUUUCACAUGGUUGUCAAUGUCAAUUGGUUACUUCUUGAGCACUGUUUUUGUCAAUUUGAUUAAUGUAGUAACCAAAAGGAUUACUCCAAGUAAACAAGGUUGGUUACAUGGUUUUGAUUUGAAUCAAAAUAACUUAAACCUGUUCUAUUGGUUCCUAGCUAUACUCAGCUGUCUUAAUUUUUUUAACUACCUGUAUUGGGCCUCGCGGUAUAAGUACAAAUCCGAAGACCGAAAUUCAAGCCCAAUAGGUUUGAAGACUUUACAUGAAAUGCCUCUGAAAGUGAUUGGUGGAACAAAACAAAAUUGGGAAGGUAGCAUUGGAGGAAACACACAAGAAUGAAGGGAAUUGAGGUUUAUGGUUGAGACAAGAAUGGAUCAGUGGAUGUUUUGGACUGUUAUAUGGAAUAGAAUAGAAUAUAACCAUGAAGUUGCUACUUAUGUACUAAGCUUUGGGAUGUGGAAAUAGGUAAAGGUUGAAGUAUGUUUUGGUGCAUGUGUGCUUGUAUGAUUGGUUGCUAUUGUUGGUUAUGGUCCAAUCUUGUGUUCUGAUUUUAAAGGCUUUCUUUAUACUUGUUCCUAUAGUGCAAGGUAAUUAAGUUUUUUUGGUUACUAAACAAGGUAAUUAAGUUGAUUCACCUUGAGUUGUAAUUGGUUGUUUAAGUAAUGUUAAAUAGUAAGUAUUCAUAUUCUCAUAUAA